CGGGGCGGUUUCUCCUCCCACCGCCUGUGUUCCCUCACCGGGGGCGGCUGCUGGACCCGGGCACAGGGACUGUGGAACCGCUCCGUACCGGGCUGUGCAGCGGAUCCGGGCUCUCCUUACCCGCUUCUUUCCCGUUUGCAUGUGCAUUGGAGUAGUGGGUGUUCCAGUCRUUGUAGGAGUUGAACCAACCUCCUGCAAACAUGGCAGACGAGGACCUUAUUUUUCGUAUGGAAGGGAUUGAUAAUGCCAGAACAACUCCAGCAGACUCUGGGAAUUAUCUUGAUGCUGAUAGUGAUGAUGAAGACAAUUAUUUUAUCUGUCCAAUAACUGAUGAUCCYGUUUCUAACAAGUUCACCAAUACCAAAGUAGACAAUUAUUACAGCAGCAUAGCAAAGACUGAGCAGUACAGUUCAAGCUCUUCUCCCAGAAGCUUCAGCUUUAAGAAUGACACACAGCAUCGUUCUAAGCAUGGCUCUGUGGUUGACCAUGGUCGGGAAACCUGGAAACAUGCCAUUGAGAAAGCCAAGCACAUGCCUGAUCCCUGGGCAGAAUUCCAUCUGGAGGACAUUGAGACRGAGUACGCCACUCGUUACAGGUACAAUGCCGUUACUGGGGAGUGGGUUGAAGAUGAAGUCCUUAUCAAGAUGGCCUCACAACCUUUUGGCCGUGGAGCAAUGCGAGARUGUUUCAGAACAAAAAAGCUGUCCAACUUCUUACACACUCAGAACUGGAAAGGUGCCUAUAAUUAYGUUGCCAAGCAAUACAUAGAGAGUGUGAGCAGGGAUGUGUAUUUUGAGGAUGUUCGACUGCAGAUGGAAGCAAAACUCUGGGGAGAGGAGUACAACCGGCACAAGCCACCAAAACAGGUGGAUAUUGUGCAGACCUGUAUUAUCGAAAUGAAGAACAGACCUGGAAAGCCUCUCUUCCAUCUGGAGCACUACAUUGAGGGCAAAUACAUCAAAUACAACUCAAAUUCUGGAUUUGUGCGAGACGACAACAUUCGUCUAACUCCGCAAGCUUUCAGUCACUUCACCUUCGAGCGCUCAGGACACCAACUCAUUGUUGUUGAUAUCCAAGGAGUUGGAGAUCUUUACACAGACCCUCAGAUCCAUACAGAGGGUGGUACAGACUUUGGAGAUGGCAACCUAGGUGUUCGAGGUAUGGCCUUGUUCUUUCAUUCUCAUUUCUGCAACAAGAUCUGCCAAAGCAUGGGACUUGCACCAUUUGAUCUUUCCUCCAAAGAGAAAGAUGCCUUGGAUUAUAAUAARAAAUUGCUUGAAUCUGCUCAGACAAUUCUGCGUGGCACGGAGGAGAAGUGCGGCAGCAGCCGGGUGAGGACGGUGUCCGGGAGCCGCCCCCCUCUGCUCUCCCGCCUGUCGGAAAACUCGGGUGAUGAAAGCAUGAGCGACGUGGCGUUUGACUCCCUGCCCUGCUCUCCCUCCUCUGCAACCCCUCACAGCCACAAGGUGGACGUGCUUAAUUGGCCUGUGUUCAAUGAAGUAGAUAACUUGGAUCAACUCGACAACAAAAGGGAUUUUGAAAAUGGUGGAGACAGUGGAUAUCCCAGUGAAAAAAGAAGUGAGACUGAAGAUCUGGAUCACAGAGAGAGGGGCCAUUCAAACAACAACCGGCGGCAGGAGUCUGAUGAAGACAGUUUGGGAAGCUCUGCAAGGAUCAGUGUGGAGAAAUGGAAUCUCUACAACCCUUCCAGAGUCCAUAUCCACAGACCAUCCUGUGUAGCCCAAGAAAUUCAGAGGCUCAAUGCACUAGAACUUGAAAAGAAAAUUGGRAAGUCAGUCCUUGGAAAGGUUCACCUGGCCAUGGUUCGCUAUCACCAAGCCGGGCGUUUCUGUGAGAAGGACAAGGAGUGGGAUCAGGAGUCAGCCCUGUUCCACCUGGAGCACGCUGCAGACUGCGGGGAGCUGGAGGCCAUYGUUGGCUUGGGGCUCAUGUGCUCUCAGCUGCCACAUCACAUUCUUUCCGAGGUCACUCUGGAGGACACAAAGGAGAACAGAAAUAAAGGAUUCAAUUACUUGCUGAGAGCAGCAGAAGCUGGAGACCGGCCUUCCAUGAUUCUGGUAGCRAGAGCAUAUGAUACUGGUGUAAAUCUUGGUGCAGACAGAGCACAGGAUUGGAAGGAGGCACUGCACUGGUACAACGCYGCGCUGAACAUGACUGACUAUGAUGAAGGAGGUGAAUAUGAUGGCACUCAGGAUGAGCCYCGCUAUCUGCUCCUGGCCAGGGAAGCAGAGAUGUUAAUGAUGGGAGGCUUCAACCUGGACAAGRAUCCACAGAGAUCAGGUGAGCUUUACACAGAAGCAGCAGAAGCAGCAAUGGAAGCYAUGAAAGGCAGACUGGCAAAUCAGUACUACGAAAAAGCAGAAGAGGCCUGGGCCAUGAUGGAAGAAUGACACUGAAUUAAGCAGUUCUUGUAUAUUAUUUUUUAUAGACUUGCUGCAUUUGCAGCUAAAAAGAUGUAUUUUUAUGUGAUGUUACCAGUUUUAUUUUUUUCGUAUUUUAGUUUUAUAAUGUUUUUGAGGGUAAAGUCUAAGUGUAGGUAAUAUGUAGGGUGCAUAGCAUACUUCUGUUUGUGUUUUAAAGCUGUAAUACAGACACACUUGGACCUUUUGUACUUUUUUUAACCGUUAGAACUGAGGGGCCUAGUUUUUUUGACAAAAGAAAAUGAGGCCUUAUUGUUUAGCUUUUACAUGUCUUGUUUUUUAUACAGCAAAUGAUCAGUUGUGUUUACAUUUUUCUUCUACUCCUCACAUACAAAAAACAUUUUCCUAAAUCCUCAGCAUUUCUUCAUCAUUUUUGGUGUAUCUCACCAAAUUUGCACAUGAAUGUAAAUUUUCAGUUUACAGAUGCAGCUACUGAUGUUCAUAAGUAGUCCCAUUCUAUUUUGCUGACAUUGUUGGACACUGUUAUUAUCAAAUGAAUUCCAGAUAGAAUCCUUCAUCAGGGGAGGGGUAGGGAAGAGGAUUCAGAUUGGCAGUGAGGAUAUUCAGGGUGGGUGUUUUAUUCAUUACCAUAGCAUUGCUUAUUCUACCAUUAGAAAAUUGUUCAUCUUCCUGAUGAGGUGAGGCAUCCAGCUACCUCUCUCAUUUUCACAUUCUGCACCAUAUGGAAGUUUAGUUGUAUAAAAUUYUGCUGAUCUUGUAUUUGUCCAAGGAUGUACAGUAGCAAGAUUUGUAAUACAUGGCUAAUUUGAAGUUAUUUUUACAGCRGCAUCUGAAAUCUCAGUGAAGCUAGAUCAUCUCAAUUAAAACGAGARCACAUUUUCCACCAUUUCCAGAUGGAUGUUUGAAGAGGUUAGGAGAUGUUGAUUCACCUAUUUCUAUGUACAGAAAAMAAAUUAUAUGGUUUAAGUGUAUUUUAAAAUGGCAUUUUAUCUGCAAAUGGUUUCAAAUGCCACUUAGAGAAGAAUUGCUGGUUAAGAAGGGARAACAGUACUAUCCCCAAACACUUGAAUUAGUGUCCCCUUUGCCUAAUCUUAACCAGUGAGGGGAGGACAGAKAGAUGGUGGGGGUUGAGUUAAUCAUGGUGUAGAGAUAAGCUUCUUCCCUAUCCAGUCUUUACUCCAAAGCUGCUGUGCCAUCUCUGUGGAUAGUACAGAAGCUGUUCCUGUUCCUUGGUUAUAUUUUUGCUGGAGAUUUAGCAUGGAAGCUUCUGCCUCUUUGGCCUUACAGUCUCCUUAGGGUGUCAUUGAUGUGCACAAGAGGCAGCCCCUGGGAAGCAAUGCAAUGCUCUCCACUUCAGCCAGGCUUUUAAAACAGGCUUAAAGCUAAGCAGGCUCUGAGUUGAUGCAGGAUUGAUUAGGAUUUCACACAUGCAUAGCAAAGGAAUAUUAAUUUGUUGUAAUUUUCAGGCCCUAUCCAAAGUUUUGAUGCCUGAAGCCUCUCUGGGAUGUGGCCUUUUUUGUGAUUUCAGUUCAUAGCAUUAAGAUAUCAGCUGUCAAUGAAAGGUGAGGCCAUUCACCUCUGAAGACAGUGGAAUAGUCUGUUUUGUGUAGAGCCUACACAGUGUAGGGACUACAUCAAAUUCAGACAAAAGGAUUUGUUUCCCUCAUAAGGUGUUGAUGCUGAAUCUUUGAGAUUUUCCUAGAGAUGGAAGCAUGUGUGACAACACCACUAACCAUGUAGGGAGGAGAUUAGAAGUGCUAGUCCAAAAUGUGCAUGCAGAGGAUGUGGGGUGUAAUUAUUGRCACUUUGUGGUGUAGUUUAAUUUGCUAAAUUCAGUAGUUGCUGAAGUUGCUGACAGCUCUGUGUAGAUCUGGUAUGUAAAUGUGCACACAACUCAGUGCAGAAAUUAUGGUGAUUAAUUCUUUGAUUGCAAGAACUACUUUUCAGUGAUGAAGACUACCUUCUGUCCUAAGGUGUAUCAUAUGAUUUAACCAUACAAUAAAUGGGACUGUCAAUAAUAUGAAAAUGGAAAUUGUUUACAGAAAUAUUCACAACUUACUCUGUGACAUUCUUUUGAAGGGAAAAAUUGUAUAUUUCAAAGAUUUUUGCAAUGAUAUUUCUAUAUGCUGUAUUUUUAAUCUAUUCACAAUGAAUAAAUAAAAAUCUGUAUUUUUAAAAAAUGUGRAAAUAAAUCUGAGGCUCAGCCUGCCAGAACUUACCCAGGUUCAUUGUUUCCAGAGGUCAGUGGGAAUAUUGCUUGGGUAAGGACAGUGAUGGAAGCCUUUGUUUGUGUGUCAUACAAGCAAAUACUUCUUGCCUGCAUCACUUAGUCCUGCCAUUCUGGGUUCAUUCUGGCUAGUCAAUAAAAUUCUUCUUUUUAUCACUUUC